GCUCUCAGUAAUCCUUCCCCCUCUGUUAUCUUACCGCCAUUAGUUAAUCUUUCCCCGAAUCCAGCCGGGCCAAAAAAAACCCAGACUUCAAAAAGAUACCCAUUUUCAGGCUUCAUUCAUAAAAAGAUUCCGUCAUCAUAUAGAUUCACAAGUCAACUCACCCCACUCUCCUCUCAUCGACAAAAUCAAUUUCUCUCUCUCUAGAUUUCAAUUAAAUCCAUGGAUUUUUGGGACUCGUCGUUCUGGACCCAGUUCCUCACCGGAAUGCUGAAGCCGGUGGCGGCGACGGCGGUGGUUUUAAUGGCGGUCGUCCUCUCCUUCUCGCAGAAGCUGAAGUUGGAAGGGGAGAUGAUUUAUUCGGUCGCCAGAGCUUUUCUUCAGCUGUCGGCGAUUGGGUUCGUGCUCGAGUUCAUCUUCACUCAGGAAAACGCUGGCUGGAUCGUUCUUGCUUACUUGUUCAUGGUAUCAGUUGCUGGCUAUACAGCAGGGCAACGCGCAAAGCACGUGCCUCGAGCAAAAUACAUUGCUGGAGUUUCGAUAUUGGCUGGAACAUCAGUAACCAUGUUUUUGCUCGUCAUUCUAAACGUGUUUCCUUUCACACCACGCUACAUAAUUCCAGUUGCCGGUAUGAUGGUUGGUAAUGCAAUGACUGUGACUGGUGUUACCAUGAAGAAGCUCCGAGAAGAUCUCAAGACACAAAAAAACUUGGUUGAGACAGCGCUCGCUCUAGGUGCAACACCAAGACAAGCAACUCUCCAACAAGUAAAAAGAUCUCUUGUAAUCGCACUAUCCCCAGUUCUCGACAACGCUAAGACUGUAGGUCUCAUCUCUCUUCCAGGAGCAAUGACGGGCCUCAUAAUGGGUGGAGCUUCUCCAUCGGAAGCAAUUCAGCUGCAAAUAGUUGUGAUGAAUAUGCUCAUCGGAGCAUCCACAGUGAGCAGCAUCUUGUCGACUUACUUGUGUUGGCCUGCUUUUUUCACCAAGGCCUACCAGCUCGAACACAAAGUAUUGAGUGCGGAUUAACCCAUUUUUUCCCCCACCAUCAUCUUGGAUGUGUUACGUGAUCGAUGUAUAAGCUAUCAGGCGCUUGGUAUACUUGUCGUUUGUAUGUUGUAUAAAUUUGUAAACAGACGGUGUGUUGUAUGAUCAUCUAUUUUGCAAGUGGCUCCGUUUGGAUAUCA